GGGUUUUUGACAACCCCUCCCACCUCAGUUAAUUCGAGGRUGAGACGCGGACGGCUGUUUAUUGACUUAAUUGCUUUGACAAAAAUGUUCACCUUACUGCUGCUAAUUUUCGCUUAUUGUUUAAAUGAAGCGAACUCACAUUCACCGAGGAUGGUGUUCAAAUACGAAGAGGCUCCAGUUAAAAGGUUUCCAUUGCGUCAACAAAAUKUGCCUGUUCAGAUUCUCUUCGGAGAACGGUCGGCUAAUGUUACAUCUGUUGAAAAGACCCGUCUGGCUUUCUACAACUUUGAUAACACCGGGAAGGUUGCUAAAGACACAGAGGUCCAGUGGGAGGAUUGCCCCAGCRAUGGCUGCAAAAUUGCAGUGGUUCAUCAGAGGGAAAAAGGAAAGCCGCUGUUUGUUUGUACAAGUGCGACCAAAGACAGGACUUCAGAUUGCUGUGACCUGGAUUCAUCAGGGUCACUCACAUGUGAUAAAAUYGACAAUAUUAACAAUUUUAACAUUAAGGAAGGUGAAAAGUCUGCUCUUGAUGAAACUGAUGAAAAAACAGAUCUCUACCUUACGUCCUCUGGGGCUCAYGAGAAUGUUGGCAUCCACAAGUUUGGAAGUAAAAGAGUGAGACCAGUCAAUCAUGGGAACGAGCAGUACUAUUUGGGAUUGGUUCUGAGCAAAAGACAAGAAGAGCCAUUGCAGAACAAAGUUUAUUCUUUUUAUAAGCAGAAAAACAAAGACACAAGCCCGGACUCUAACAUGUGGCUCCCCUUUGUCAGCCAGGUUUGCAUGGCUGAUAUGGGGGGUCCCAAGAACAACCUGCAGUUUAGCUGGACAUCUCUGAUGAAUGCAAGGCUCUACUGUGGUCACAAUACAGUGGACAACAAACAGCAUUUCUUUGAGCUGGUGGAUGUGGCUACUGUACAUUCAGACCRUUGGAAKGACACCAGAGUUUAUGCACUGUUCAGAAAUGAAUGGGGCAUGAGUGCUGUGUGCAUCUAUACAAUAGGAGACAUCGAAAACGUUUUCACCAGAUCUCCCUUUAUUGAUUCAGACCAGAACGAAGAGGGCAGGAAAAAGUGUGUUCGUGACAGCACCAAGCUUUCUACUAACAUCCUGGGGAGAGUCGAAAAGGUUUUGGAGAUGAAGGAGUGGGUGAAGCCCAGGAUGGACCCAGUUCUCCUCAACCAUCACAACUACACCCGAAUCUUUGUUGAUGCUUCCCCAGGGAAUCAACACGCAGUUAUGUUUCUCUCUCUAAGUAACGGUGCGAUUCACAAGGCAUUACAGUUGGAAAGUCAUUCUUUCAUCAUCGCUGAGUAUCAACCUUUUAACUACUCAGCCCACAUCCUCAACUUUGUCCUUAACCCCUUUACUAAAAAGCUGUACGUGAACUCACAAACUGAGCUGGUCCAAAUUGACGUGGGAAACUGUGGCCAGUAUGGGAAAAACUGUCCGGACUGUGUUCUGUCCAGAGAUCCAUACUGCGGCUGGAAAAACAAACAAUGCACCUCUGAGACGAGUGGUGCACGUCAAGAUGUGGUCCACGGAAACCAUAGCAUUUGCUCAGAAGACCCAGCAUCACCACUUCCACGCUUAGCUGGAGGCACCAAAAGUCAUGUAGACAACUCAGUGAAAAGCAUGACAGUUCCCUCUGAGUCCAGCUACUUCCUGCGAUGUCCAGUGUCAUCCCAUCAUGCCCAGUAUACCUGGAAAACUCCUGGAGGCUCCAGUUCCUGUAACCCGAGGGACGACCAGUGUCUUCUGCUGAUCGACAGCAUGACUCCCAGUCAAGAGGGAGUGUAUAAAUGUGAGUCUGAGGAAAUGGGCUAUCGAAAAGUCCUGGCACAGUACAAGCUGAGAUCUUCAUCUGCAGGCCAGAUAUUUGGUCCAACUGUCUGGAUCCUUAUUGCAGCAGUCUUCAAAAGUGUCUGGUUUUAGUCCUGAGCCUUUAAGCACAUUUUUCUUUAAUUGCAGCAAAUUAAAUCUUGAAGAAGAUCUAUCAGAGCUUGAGGUCGGUGUAGUCAAACAGGCUAGACAAAGUGAAAAUAUUGUUGCAAAAACAAAGAAAAAAUAAUCAUGGUGAAAGAAUGUGAAACAGACUCAAAAGUUAUUUGAGCAGCAGCACUGUUCUCAUGUUUAGAUGUUCCUUUACGYUAUUUACUAGAUAUUUUUWAAAAAAUGUUAUGGACAUUUAUUUCAAGAUGAUCAUUAUUGAUGUAACAACGCACAUCUGUUAAAAACCGGAAAAGGGCUUCAGGAAGUCUAUAAAAGGACCUGUAAAAGGAUUUCCAUUUACAGAUCAGGUGCUUUUAUGGACUUCCUGAAAAAGUAAGUCCAUACUUGGACUUCCUAGAAUAGACUUUCUGAAAUAAGAAGUCCAUACUUCCCUUUUCAGUACAAAAAAGAAGUAUGCUACAUCCAUUUGCCACAAAACGCAGUCUGAAAUGUCGGAAAAAAUAAUAAUAAUUAAUUUAAUUUACAUUUACCUGCAACCUACCAUCACCAAUUAGAUUCCUUUUGAUUGAAGCGAUGAUAAAUUCUGAUUGGGGCGAUUAUGAGAGGGAAGUGUAAACUCACAUUAUUGAAUCAAGACAAAUUUAAUGACAUGCUACAGCAGCAGAGCCACGCAGGUGCAGAAAGGCCCAACGUUAUCAUCCUCCUGAGUAAAUCUGAUGAGGAUCCAGUCAUUURGCUCURGGGGAACUGCCCAACACACACUUUCUAUUCCUCACACAACUGCACCAGGAUUAGGGUGAGUGUGGUCCCGCAGCCGUAGCUGCAUGUUAGGUCUAACAUGYAUGCACAUACAGCUGCCAGAUUCAGCUGAAUGUGCAAGUGACUAAGUGAUAUGUAAAGGUGAAGGGCAUGAUUAUCACAUUGAAAGUUGAAAGUAGUUUUUAGUAUUUAAAGCUGGGAAACACUGAUUGUAGUCAAAAUAAUCCAGGAUUUAUAUCAGUAUUAAAGAUCCAUUUUUGUGUUUUACAGGUGGGCUUAGUUAGUUUCAGAAUAAACUCAUUUGUAGCCCGUAGUCAGUCAUCACAAASCCAACAUUAAAAUGAUCAUUAAUAUUGUUUUGUUUACAUCUUUAAGUGUCUUUCAGUGACUUUUUUUACAGUGUUUAAUCAUAUUUCCAAAUAGUUGCGUAAAGUUUUAUCAGAAAUCAAAUGGAAAUGUAUAUUUAGACAUGUUGGAAAUAUGUGAUGUUCUUGAAAUAUGCGAUGUUGAAAAUAUAGCACAAUAGCACCUAAGCAUUAUAAAGUUAUAUAUACUGCUMAAAAAAAAAGGGAACACUUAAAC